AUGUCAUCUCCAGGCACAAGCAUGGUCGAGGCCGUCGACAGCCCUUCCGAGCAUCAUGCUUUCUCAACGCCGCCACCGCCACCACUCUAUAACGCUGGCAGGCUUGGCAAGAUUCGACAAUUCGGCGGUGUCGUAACUCUCUGUCUUGCCAUGCUGCUCACCCAAGCUGCUCUAGGCCAAUCGGUGCUCACAAUUCGCAGCAUCGCCCGUACCUUUGACGUCGAGCACUCCGACGGUCAACAGUCCUGGUUUGCCGCCGCGUUUUCGCUCACCGUCGGCACAUUUGUUCUUCCCGCAGGUCGUAUCGGCGAUAUUGUCGGUCACAAACCCAACGUGAUUCUCGGCUAUGCUAUUCUCAGUCUCUGGUCCCUCCUCGCCGGACUUUCACACUACACCAAAUCGUACGUCUUUUUCGACAUUUGUAGAGCCAUGCAGGGCCUCGGGUGUGCCGUGCUGUUGCCCAACUCGCUCGCCAUCAUGGGCAGGAUUUUUGCGCCUGGCACGUAUGCCAAGUAUCUCAGCUUUUCUUUCUUCGCUGCGACUGCUCCGAACGGCUUUCUCAUCAGUGCAGUUUUCACCACUCUGAUGGACAUGAACGACAGCAUGGGUUGGUGGUGGGGCUUUUACGUCAUGACCAUCACAGCGGCGCUUUUGGCAGUGGUGUGCGCUUUUGUGCUGCCCAAUGAAGACGAAAUGCGUGCUGUGAGUGCUUCGUGGAAGCUCAAUAGCAAAGACGAAGGCAGCGGUCCGGGGUCAUCCGAGCCAUCAGCUUCACUCGAGGAUGCCGCGCACGCCAAGGCUCCUCUAUGGCAGCGACUCGACCUGUUCGGCACGGUUACAGGCGUCGUUGGUCUGAUCCUCUUCAACUUUGCGUUCAAUCAGGCGCUCGUGGCGGGUUGGUCAGCCGUCUACGUCUACGUCUUACUCAUCGUCGGCGUGAUUUUUAUUGCUGUGUUUAUCUACGGCGAGAGCAAGGCACUGUAUCCUUUGCUUCCGACCAAGGUCUUUAAUCUCUCGGGGAGCUUUAUCCUUGUUUCGCUUGCUUUUGGCUGGGCAAGUUUUGGCAUCUGGAUCUUCUACCUCAAUCUUAUGCAGCAGAUCAUCCGGGGAUACUCGCCGCUCUUUACACUGCUUACCAUGGUUCCAGCGGGCGUAGCAGGUGUCAUUGCCGCCUUUAGCUCAGCUCAAAUUCUUGGACGCACAAGCCCAGCAUUCCUCAUGCUGCUUUCCCUGCUGGCCUUUUGCCUUGGAAGCUGUCUCGCCGGUACCGCUCCGGUUGACGUCGAGGUGCUGCCGUACAUUUCUUCAUGCAUCAUGCCAUUCGGGAUGGACAUGUCGUUCCCAGCAGCCAGCAUCAUCCUGAGCGAUUUGCUGCCGCCACAUCAGCAAGGCACCGCAAGCAGUAUCGUUAACACGGUGGUCAACUACAGUAUCGCCUUGGGUUUGGGAUUUGCAGGCGUCGUUGAGACACACGUCAACGACGGAGGCACAAAUCUGCUCAAAGGAUACCGUGGAGCUUAUUACAUGGGAAUCGGAUUUGCGGGCGGCGGAGUGGUACUGGCUUUGGUCAACUGGCUUUUGCAUCUGCGCGCAAGCAAGCAGAGUCAAGCUAAAGCUAACGCGCAGUUCGAGGCGGACAAAGUGUCCUCUGCAUAA